AAAAAGAACAAAUUAAUAAAGAAAAAGAAAAGGCCUUUUUUUUUUUUUUAAAGAGCAGAGAGAGAGAGAGAGAUCCCAAGAAGAAACUCCUCUGACGUUUUUCUUAACAAAUCAAAUCUCUCAAAGCUCCUCUCUUUCUCCUUCUGCAAAAGUACUGUUACUGAUCUCUAUCUAUCUAUCUCUCCCAAGUUUUUGUUUUUUAUUUGUCGGAGAUCAAGAUCAGAGAGAGACAUGGCUCCUGCCAUGAAGAUCGUGUUCGGUCUCUUGACAUUUGUCACUGUCGGAAUGAUCAUCGGUUCCUUGUUACAAUUGGCUUUUAUAAAUAGAUUGGAAGAUUCGUACGGAACUGGAUUUCCAUCCCUGAAAGGGCUUCGAGGCCAGAACGCCCGUUAUCUACGAGAUGUUUCCCGGUGGGCAAAUGACAAAGAUGCAGAAUUGUUACGGCUUGGCAAUGUCAAGCCUGAAGUAGUUAGUUGGUCCCCUCGAAUUAUUGUGCUCCAUGACUUUCUAAGUCCUGAGGAAUGUGAAUACCUAAAAGCAAUUGCCCGGCCUCGCCUUCAAAUUUCCACUGUUGUUGAUGUAAAAACCGGAAAGGGAGUCAAAAGUGAUGUGAGGACAAGUUCCGGAAUGUUUCUAACUCAUGUAGAAAGAAGUUAUCCAAUAAUACAGGCAAUUGAAAAGCGAAUUGCAGUCUUUUCUCAAGUACCAGCGGAAAAUGGAGAACUUAUUCAAGUUCUAAGAUACGAGCCAAAACAGUUUUACAAACCGCAUCACGAUUACUUUGCUGACACUUUCAAUUUAAAGCGUGGUGGUCAGCGCGUAGCAACUAUGCUUAUGUAUUUAACCGAUGACGUUGAAGGAGGAGAAACUUAUUUCCCUUUGGCUGGUGAUGGUGAAUGCACAUGUGGUGGCAAAAUCAUGAAAGGCAUCUCGGUUAAACCCACCAAAGGAGACGCAGUUCUCUUCUGGAGCAUGGGACUCGAUGGACAGUCAGAUCCAAGGAGUAUACAUGGAGGAUGUGAAGUUCUGUCUGGAGAGAAAUGGUCUGCUACUAAAUGGAUGAGGCAAAAAGCUACUUCUUGAAGUACUUAAAACUUGUUAAAAAGAAAAAGGAACCACAGGGACUUAUAUUGGAAAAAUGUCAUAGAAUCUCAGAGUUUUGAUUUACUCUCUUUUUGACCCUUCAAUUUUAGAAUCUAUCAUUUACAUACAUAAUGGAUAUGAGGGUUAUUUAACAAACA